AUGCAGACGGGUAUGCAAAACUUGGAGAACGCAGCAGAUCAUUAUGAGGACUUUAUUAUUUGCAAUCCUAUAACCGGUGAGUACGUUUUUUUACAAAGAGUCGACGGAGCAAUAGAUGUGAAACGGAAAGUUCUAAAAUUUGGAUUUGGUUACCUUCACUCCAGCAAUGAGUAUAAGGUUGUUCGAAUCGACUGCAACUUGAAGACAAUCUAUGCAUAUACUCUUGGCAGUGGCGUUGGUUGGAGAAUCAUCAAAGAUAAACGCCCUUACUUAUUGCAGAGUUCAAGUAUCUUUUGUAAUGGAGGCAUCUUUGCUAAUGGAGCUAUUCAUUGGUUGGAAUCCAUCAAAGCAUGGGAGAAUCAGAAUGUGGCUUUCGACUUGGAAGAUGAGAAGUUUAAAUCCGUCCCAUCGCCCCCUUGGGAAUAUUAUCAUGCUCUGACAAAUCUUGCGUUGUUGGGAGGGAAUUUGUGUGUUGUUUCUCGUUGUACCUGUGAUUAUGAACGCCGGUUAGAUAUAUGGGCAUUCAAGAAAGCGGUUAUUAAUGAUACAAGAGCACUACAUCCCACAGUUGUCGUACAAGAGUACUACAACAAUAUGUGGAGUUGGAAUAAGGAGUUCAGUAUACCAACUGUAUACACAAGGUGGUACAUUCCAUUCGCAAUUACGGAGAGCAAUGAACUUCUUCUAUUGAUCACAGAAUAUUCAUCCAAUAAGUCAGAACCCAUCUAUGUCUACUGUUAUGACCCUAACACUUCAACUCUAAGCAAAUCUUCACAUACCUACCACCGAAAUACUGGUGGCAAGUGCCCUGAAAUAAUUCCUCAUCUGAACACACUUGUGUCUUUGAAAGAGCUAGGAGAAUGCUUGGAGAAUGAUGGAAGUUCACCACAUAAUUAA